AUGGUUAUCACUCGUAGUCAAAGUUCAGUUGCUGCAUCAACAGCAGCAGCUUUAAGAUCUAUAUAUAAAAUAAGCAAACAACCAGAAUCAUCAACUCGUAGUCGUCCAGUUAAUAAAACGUCAAAAAGAUCACCAUCACCUUCACCUCCUAAUCCUAUUCAUCGUUCUUGUUCAAAAUUAUCUAAGAAAAUCUUACGUAAUAAUAAUGUUAGUAAUACUAUAUCAUUUACUGAUUGCGAGACAAUUACACGUACACGUUCUUCAUCAUCUAAUUCUUCAUCUGCAUCUUCUAUCAGCUCUUCUCGUUCUUCAUCAGCUUCAUCUUAUACUGAUUCCUCUUGUUCUUCAUCUGAUUCAAGUACUAUAUCAUCUUCAUCAUCAGAUUCUGAUUCACCUAAAUCCACACCAAUAUCAUCAAUAAUUGAAAAUAUGACUAAGCUAGAAAUCAAUAAUAGAACUGAUGAAAUACCAGCUUAUAAAUAUGUUGAAUCAAAUAAUGUUCCACAUUCACAUGAUGAAGGUCAUGAUCAACAAAAAGUUGCAAUAUUUAAAUCACAAUUAAAAUUUAUUGGAAAAAAUAAUCGAACUAUACCUUCAUCAAAAUUAAUUAAUCAAUUAGCAACUGAUAUGAAAUUAACUGAUACACAAUUGGGUAUGAUUCCACAUCGAGAUACAUUACGUAGAAGUGUCUAUCAUGCCAGAAGUAAAACAAUUCCACCACUUCCAAAAUCUAUUAACUUUGUGAUUCCAGCUGCAUAUGCAACUACUUCGUCAAAUGAAAAAUUCAUAUUUUUUGAUCAUUUAUAUGCAAAAAAAACCAAGAGAAUCAUAGCAUUUGCGAGUCCAAUGCAGCUAAAAAUUUUGUUUAGUUCAAAAUUAAUUUGUAUUGAUGGAACAUUUUCAAUUUGUCCGAGAAAACAUAAACAGUUAUUAAUUAUUCAAACCAUCGAUCAAGAAAUGUAUGAUGCAACACCUGUACUCUAUGCUCUUUUAAAUGAUAAAAAGGUUUACACUUACACAUUAUUAUUUCGAGCAUUAAAAAAUACGGCAAAACAAAUGAAUAUGAAAUUUGAACCUGAUAAAAUAAUAAGUGAUUUUGAAAGUGGAAUUGUUUCAAUUGUAAAAAAAGAAAUUCCAAAUACAAUUCAUCAAGGUUGUUUAUUUCAUCUAUAUCAAAGAUUAACAAAAAAAAUGAAGAAAUUUGAUUUAUGGUCUCAUUAUAAGAAUAAUGAUGCAUUGCAUUUAUUUAUUAAAAAAGUUAUGGCUAUUGUGUUACUUAAACCACCAUUAAUUGAUAAUGCAUAUGAAUUAUUAGUCAAUCAAUACUUAAAAUUGAACCAACUAAAACAAUUUCGUGUUCAAUUAAAAAAAUUUAUGUUUUACUUUCAUCAACAAUGGAUGAAAUUAGAAAAUAGGACAAUGAUUAGUUUUUAUGAUGUUGCUUUCAAAACAAAUAAUUGGUCUGAGAGUUAUAAUGCAGUACUAAAACGACGAGCACAACAAAGUCAUUUAUCUAUUUGGACGUUAAUAGAACUUUUGGUUACAGAAGAAACUGCUGUACGAAUGAAAUACUUUCAACUGUUAAAUGGAAAAAAAAAGUCUAUUAACAAAACUGUUCGUAAUGGUGUUCUUGAAAUAAAUCAAAAAAUUAUUGAAUUUAAUCAACAAUUUGAAGAUAAUGAAAUUGAACUUGAUGGUUGUCUUACAUUAAUUUCCUCAUUAGUCGGUGUUAAAUACGGCCAAUGGCGUAAACAAUUAAAGAAAAAUAAAAGAAGAAGAAAAUAUGAUAGCGGUGAUGAUCAUGAUAAUUGA